AUUAUAUCCAGAUUCUGGUGGCACACAGUUCUCAGUGAAAAGACACUAAAUUACAUUUAUUUUGAUAUUCAAUAUGCGGAAAUUAUGUUUGGCAUUCCUAAUCAUUCUAGGACUUCUCGAAAUCAGUACAGCUUGCUUGCAAGUACAACCAUGCAUUGACAAAAUAAUGAGACACGUACCUAGAGAUAACUUACCUUCUGAAGACGAUUUAACAUGGAUCUGUGAGGGAAUACUAAGUGGUUUCCAGUGUGUACGGGAAAAAGAAGCGAUAUGCGAACAUGAGACAAACGAGACGAGACCUUCUGUCGUUCUCUCCAAAGACGAAGAAUUCGCCAUAGAUAUGUGUAAUGUAGAAAGUGACCUGCGAAAACGUUAUGUCAAGACUCUACCUUGCACUACACAAUAUUACAGGCAGAUUCCUAAACUGCAGUGCUUAAUGGAAGGAGAAGCUUUAUAUGUAAAAUACAGAAAAUUUCUUAGGAGUUUGACAGAUGAAAAUGACGCUGAAGAAGCUGAAUACAAAAAAUGCAUGGUCCUGGGUUACACUUUAAAAUGCAUAGCAGAUGAUCUUCAGUGGAAAUGCGGAGAAGAAGCUAAAGCAGUUUACUGGGAAAUUGUUCAUAGGCUCACAAGGGGGCUCAUCGGCGCUUGUAUCAAGAAUGCCAUCCAACAGCUAGAGUCGAUGUUCUAUCCAUCCUUUCAAAUAUACGAGGAGCAAAACAGCAUUUUCUCUUGACGUGUGAAAAAAAGAAGAAAUAUUCUUAGUUCCACUUUCGGAAAAAAAAGGACCCAACAAAUGAAUUCACGUGCACUCAAAACAUUCUGGAGAAAGCAGUUAUUUAAAGUAUGGGUACGAAUACUAUCAGGCAUACUUAUUUCGUUAUGGAAAAUAUUGUCUUUGAAAAGAAUAAUAAUGAGAUAAAAUCAUGGUUAAAACUGAUAUUUUAUAAUAAAAUUUUCAAUAAAUUGAAUUAUUUUCAUCAAUUGAUUUUAUAUGUUUCUCAUCAAAAUAUCUUUAUCGUUAAUUUAGAUUGUCAGUUGGAAUA